UGUUAUUUCUCUGGUUUGCAGGUGUGCCAGUAGACGAAAAGAACCCGGACGAUGGCUACCAGGAUGACCAGGAUGGAGAUAGUGAUGACGAUGACGAAAACCCCCCGAUAGGACCUCCUCCUGUACUCAAGUCAAAGAAUAAGUCGUUCUCGGUGGUGGUAGGGGACAGUGUGAUGCUGCCUUGUCAUGUCGAGAAUCCAGUUUAUGCAGUGAUCAUGUGGUGGUUGGGCUCGAGCAUACUCUACACAGGUGACAUUCCGACCAGUCAGGCCAAGGAGCGCUCCAACAUACAACUGCUGUCCACUUCUCUCGCUCUCCAUCCACAACAUCCAAGAGGCCGCAUCGGUCAGUACCGCUGCGAGGUGAUCCUCAAGGCAUAA